AUGAUUCCAUCCAUAUUUAUUAUACUUGAGAAAUUACCUUUGAAUCAAAAUGGAAAAGUAGAUCGAAAACUUCUACCGCCGCCUGAUUUUUCAUCGUCAGUAGAUAAUAUUGUUGGUAAUGUGCCGCGCAAUAUCUUAGAGCAACAAUUGCAAAAUAUAUUUAGUCAAGCUUUUCAUAUUGAAUCUCCUCAUGUUGAAGUUGCUUUCGGUCAACUUGGUGGAACAUCACUCGGUGCUAUCCUAGCACUUACAUUGAUUCGUCAACAGAUCUCUAAUAAGAUUGAUAUUGGUCUUUUAUUUGCUAAUCCAUCUAUUCGACAGUUAGCUAUAGCAAUAGAACCUUUAUUAGUUUUCGAAGAACUACAAGAGACAAUGUUCACAACCAACCUAUCUCAUGAGGUACAUGUUCGUUUUUCACCUUCGUUUGUUAUAGAAUCUGUUGGUAUUGUAUUUCUUGUUUGUCAAUGGUUAUGUCCAAUUAUAAUAAUUCACCGAUGGUAUCCAUUCCUAUUUCCUGUUUUACCAGCAUUCCAUCUUUUAUUCUAUGUCAUCUGCUCAUGUCUAUUCUCACCAUGCUAUAUCAAAGCUGAUAAUCUUUUCUCUUGUAAUUAUUAUCGAUGGUGGUUUUUAGAUCGACUUUGGAAUAAUAAUAUAUUUUGGUUGCAGCAUAUACUUGGGACACCACUCUACAAUUAUUAUCUUCGUCUUUGUGGUGCACGAAUUAGUCUGAAUACACAUAUUUAUACCACAACUAUCGAUGCUCCAUGGUUGUUAGAAAUUGAUGAUGGCAGUUGGAUUGCUAAUGAAACGUGUUUGAACUGUUUAUACUUUAAUGAUGACGACACUUUCAAUCUGAGUUCAAUUAAAAUUGGAUCUAAUUGUUCAAUCGGUACACGAUCGAUUCUAUUUAAUGGAGUUAAUAUGCAAAAUAAUAUUAUUGUUCAACCAAUGUCAUCGGUCACUGGCUUCAUCGCAUCUGAAACGAUUGUCGAUGGUGAAGAACAUAAAUCUCGUCCGUCAGAUAUUUCCAUUGUGCAGAGUAAUAGAUCAUUAUCCAUAUGGCUUAAGAUCUACCAAAUUAUUGCAAUCAUCUCGAUAAUCUGUAUUCAUUAUGCACUUUUGAUCAUAGUAUAUAAAGUUUAUUCAGUUGGACAAAUACCACUACUAAUCAGUAUUCCUUUUUGUUGGACUUUAUGGUCAAUUGUUGGUUGUUUUAUCUCGCUUCUCCUGUUGAAAUUCAUAGUAGGACCCUGUGCUGCUGGUGAAAUAUAUCCGAUAGCAUCUUGGUUAUAUUUACAAAAAAUAUGGCUUCGUCAAUUAAUUGUAUCUAGUUUUCAUUAUGCUUGGCUAUUACCGACUGGCUAUGAUUAUCUUUAUCCUUAUGUUCUUCGUUGGUUAGCUGCUCAUAUCGAAGAGAAUGUCAAAAUCGCUGAAAUAGAUAAUUUUCUGUCCUGUCCAACAAAUCUAUUAAAACUUGAAACAGGUGUCACUGCUUUUGGUGGAGUCUUAAUAGUUCCUACUGAGUUGACACUCACAGGUGGUCAUCGUGUAGAUCAAAUAGUGCUUGGAUCUUAUACAAACCUUGCCAAUGGAUGUUCAAUCUUGCCUGGUAGUUGCCUUGAAUCUGAAACAAUGAUUGGCAAUUUAACACGCAUCUCACGAGAGACAAAAAGCAAAUGUGGAGAAGUUUUCAUGGGUAUUCCAGCUCGUACAAUGCCAUUUCAAAUGCCUGUAAGGUCAGAAAUACAAGAUCAGAUUAAAAUCAUACCAUUUUGGCAUACAUGUUUGUCUCAUUAUAUUAGUAAAUGUCUUUUAUUAAGCAUUUAUUCAUUUGGUGGUCUUGUUGGUGGGUCAAUAAUUCAUACGAUACUUGUCUGUAGCCUUAAUCGAUGCCGUUCAUAUAAAAAACACCAUCAAAUUGUAGAACAAAUAAUAGCGAGAGUAAACCAAGAUUAUGAACAAUUUAUUUCUCCAUUUCUUGGUAAUACACAAUGGCUCAUUCGACUAUUUCGAGCAUACGGCGCUCAUAUUGGUGAGAAUGUCAUAAUGCCUGAUAUAUUUUCUAUUACCGAUUAUCAUUUGAUGACUAUUGGAGAUGAUGUUCGACUUAAUGUGCGUACACAGAUACAGGGUCACAGUUUUGAACAACGUAUUUUAAAACUAGCUCGUGUAUCAAUCGGUAAUUCAUGUGUACUAAUGAGUUACUCAAUUGUAAUGCCAGGCUGCAAACUAAUGGGUAACAAUCGUCUUUAUCCCUUGACAUUGAUAAUGAAAAAUGAUCAAUUACCAUUGAAUACUCAUUGGAGAGGGAUUCCUGCACAAUCUUGCACAGGAAAAGCAAGAUUAUCUCGACCAACAAUAGCUCAUAACAAUCUAGUAAAAUAUCAGCAAGGAUACGAGACCAUUAACAAAUUAUUUCUCUGGUACGAACGAAUUGCAAGUAUCUAUACAAGUGUAAACGAAUUACAAUUUAUAAAUUAUGGCUAUGCAGAUAUGGAUGAAUAUACCGAUGAUCAUAAUGGCUAUUAUUCAAGAAAGCUUUAUGAACAGGUUCUUGCAAAUGUGACAUUAACAGAUCAGAAUGUCAUUGAAAUCAAUUGUGGUAGAGGUGCUGGUGCUGCAUGGUGUGUUCAUACUCAUGCAUCUUACUCUUACACUGGAAUUGAUCCAUCUCAAGAUGUCAUUAAUUUAUGUCAACGACUUUAUUCGACAACUCCUCGACUUUCCUUCGUAGUAGCUACUCCAACAAAACAUUUACCAUUCGAAAAUGAGUCAGUUGAUAUUAUUCUUUGUAUUGAAGCAACACAUUCUUUUGGCGAGUCAAUAGCAAUCACACAGUUUGCUAAUGAAGUCGUUCGUGUACUUCGUCCAAAUGGAUUUCUUCUAUGGUGUGAUUUUUGUUACAUGAAUGGAUCAAGUACAUCACUUUAUGAUCUGGUAGCAAAUGAUAGUUUAAUUAUUGAAGAAAAGAUUAAUAUUACAAGAAAUGUUCUUCAUGCACUUGACAUUCAAAAUAAAUCUCGUACUGAUUUUAUUCAACGUUAUAUUCAAACCGAAGAGCAAGAAUAUUUUCGUCGGUUUGCUGGAUUACCCGGUACUCAAAUUUAUGAAGACAUGAGCCAAGGACGUUCAGAAUAUUGGCGAGUUAUAUUUCGAAAGAAGACAACAACAGAUAUAUCUGUCAUCUGA